AGUCGCAAAUCAUAAUGAAGAUUUUUUUCACCGAAAAAGAUAAUGCAGCGGUUGGAAAAAGAGUUCGAGCAGUUGGUAUGUGCUACUUUUCUGGAAAUGAUCUGUCAGUGGGGAAAGUAUAUACUUUGAAAAGGAACAAGGCCAACAAAAACGAUACAAAUUGCCUGGAAAUACGAGAAGUAGUCAGACCAAGAGCAGUCAUUAAUAGAGAGAUCGCAAAGCUGAUUUCGCCUUUACUCGACAAUGGAAAACUGCAUAACGCUGAUUGUGAAGUUAUCGAAGAAGCAAAGUGGUCAAGGGGUGACACCCGAACACCAGCAAGAGCGCACAAGGUUAAAGUAGGGAUUACUUUUACCGAUAAAGCUGAUCCAGAAAUACAAAGACUUCUUGAAUUGUUGAAGAAAGAAUAUAAACAAGAAAGCUGAUCUCUGAACAUUGACAAUGUACUUAUUUACCAGUAACAAGGUCUAACAACAUUCUUCAGUUGACAGGGAAAAU